AGGGAAUUUUUAGACAUGGGCGAAUUUGCAUCUUGCCAAGUUUCUGAUAUACAUAUGACGUCAAAAAGUUCAAUUAAAAUGGGGACAUUAAUAAAAUUUUGUGAUACUCAAUUAUUAAAUGCUUGUGGUAAAUAUUAUUUGCUUCAUUUGCGCAAUUUUGCAGGAAAAAAGUCAACAAUAUCGAAAAGACCUGCUUCUGCUUUUGGAAUGUACUUGAAGGAUAAAAAAGAAUUAAUUGCAGAAAAAACUACCAAUGACGCUUCAAUUUUGAAUGAGCCAAUUUUGAAAAAUGUAAUGAAAACUGCUUCUGAUAUGUGGCGAAGCGAACCUGAUGCUUUGCACCAGUACUACAAGCAAAAGUUCACAGAAGAAAUGAAUGAUUAUAAACAAAAUUUACCUGUUAUAAGAAAGCGUCCGCCUGCUCCCUUUAUUAUGUUUUCCAAUGACCAAUCAGAAGUAUUGCGACUCAAAUAUCCUGAUAUUACUGAGAGAAGUAAAGUAGUUUCUAAAAUGUGGAAAAAUCUUUCUCUGAGUGAAAAACAACGCUAUGAAAAUAUAUAUAAAGAAAAAAUGAUUGUUUACCAGGAUAGCCUAACUGAUGAAGAAAAAGUAGCGAUUAAAGAAAAAAAAGCACGAUCAAUCAAGCGGAAAAACCUUAAAGAGAAAAAAAAGUAUAGUAAGGAAAGUCUUUUGAAUCGCCCUAUUCGUCCUUCAAAUUCCUGGGUGUUGUUCAUGAAAGAAAAUUUGCAAUCAGUUCCCAACGGUGAAAACAAGUUUGCCUUUUUGAGUCAACGCUGGAAUGGAUUAACAGCUGAUGAAAAAGCUAUUUAUGAAGCAAAAUAUAAUAGUUUAAAAACUCAGUAUGACAAAGACAUAAAUCAAUGGCAACAGAAGUAUACAUAAGUAAUAAUCUCUUCAAAAAUAACAAAAAACUUCUUAUAUAGUUUAA